UGUGUGUGUGUGUGUUCCUGGUAUAGCAUAAAUGUAUUUGGUACAAGAACGAAAACCGGGCUUACGAAUACAUAUAUACUCUAGAAGUUUCGCUUACAAAACGACUCCUUUCUCCCCUCAAAGCCGCGAGCAGCCGGAGCUGCUGCUGCCUCGACGCGCUUCACAAAGAAGUACACCGCUGCCGCUGCCUCUGCCCCGCGACUAUUGGCCCUCCCCUUAUUUCACGUUCCCCCGUACGUACGAUAUAUAUGCGUGUCUGUGCGGUACAGUGCCUGUGCGAGCAGUACGUAGCAUCGAUGGUCGCCGCCGCAAUACGCUCCGAAUGCGUGUGUUCUUUCUUCGCUCCGACUACAGUCUCAUCAGAGCGUAUAGCUGUUAAAAGCUGUAUAAUUUCCAGUCCCGCCAGUGUUCGAGUUGAACGUUGAUCGCGCGCGCGCUGAGCAAUCUCCGCUCCGAACUCAUUAGCAUUUUUAUACCCGAGUGCAAGAGACUCCGAAAAGGAGACGCUGUUUUCUGCUGCCCGCUCAACCGUAACAGUCGAACGCCCUUGGACAGUCUGUGUUUUUGUGAGAUUUUUCGCUGACGCUCACCCGGAUCGUGGUAAAGUACUUCUACGUGGGGAGCCCGCCGUCACUGGUCUUCCGACCGUUGCAGUGGUCGUUCAACAACGUCUUUAUGAGAUUGCAUUCGGUAACGAUUGCAUGGCAGACAGUUAUCAGUGAUUUUCCCUAGACGGAUCGAGCAGUGACAAAAGGACUAGUAUAUUGUUUAUCCAAGUUUUUUAAACUUGACAGCUCGAUCGUACGACCGUGCUGAAUGGUCGCUGUCGUGUAUGCAACGGUGCCGAGCGAGGUUAGGAGUGGCAACGGCGGCAUGAGCGCACGCGUCAUGGACAAGACGAACGGUCUCAUGAAGACGACGGCCGGUGCAUCCGGCCGCCAGGUCGUCGAGGCUACGGCCACCCCGCUGCAACACCAGCAGCAGCAGCAACAACACCAGCACCACAGUCCCGCUGAUUGGCAGCAUCAGCAGCCCAAUCACCAUCAUCAGCAAUUGCAGCCCCAGCAACCCUCCCAAUUGCAAUCGGCCAAUGGGGUGUCCCAAAAUCUCAUGCUCGUUUCUCAAGAUGCCCAGGGGAAAGAACUUAUUACUGUCACUGAUGAGCAGUCAGUUAAUGGUGUCAACGUUGUCCUUGAUUCAUAUUGGUUACUAGAACUUGCACACAGAGAAUAUCAAGCCGGAGAUUAUGACAAUGCCGAAAGGCAUUGCAUGCAGUUAUGGAGACAAGAAAGUAACAACACUGGAGUGUUACUUUUACUAUCUUCUAUACAUUUCCAAUGUCGUAGAUUAGAUAAGUCUGCUCAUUAUAGUAGUUUAGCGAUAAAACAAAAUCCAUUGCUAGCCGAAGCAUAUAGCAACUUGGGAAAUGUAUAUAAAGAAAAAGGACAAUUACCAGAAGCUUUAGAAAAUUAUCGACAUGCUGUACGAUUGAAACCUGAUUUUAUUGAUGGAUACAUUAACUUGGCUGCAGCAUUGGUAGCGGCUGGAGACAUGGAACAAGCAGUUCAGGCAUACGUUACUGCAUUGCAGUACAAUCCAGAACUCUACUGUGUCAGAAGUGAUCUGGGUAAUCUUUUGAAAGCAUUAGCAAGACUCGACGAAGCAAAGGCAUGUUAUUUGAAAGCAAUCGAAACUCGACCGGACUUUGCUGUUGCUUGGAGCAAUCUAGGCUGUGUAUUCAACGCACAAGGAGAAAUUUGGCUGGCUAUUCAUCACUUCGAAAAAGCUGUAGCUUUGGAUCCAAACUUCCUUGAUGCAUACAUAAACUUGGGAAAUGUUCUUAAAGAAGCACGCAUCUUCGACAGGGCUGUUGCGGCAUACUUACGAGCUCUCAAUCUUAGCCCAAAUAAUGCAGUUGUGCAUGGUAAUCUUGCUUGUGUCUACUAUGAACAAGGGCUUAUUGAUUUGGCCAUCGAUACCUACCGAAGAGCAAUUGAAUUGCAACCAAAUUUCCCCGAUGCAUAUUGUAAUUUGGCAAAUGCGCUCAAAGAAAAGGGUCAGGUGGCGGAGGCAGAAGAGUGCUACAACACAGCGCUCCGUCUUUGUCCCACACAUGCAGACUCCCUUAACAAUUUGGCUAACAUCAAACGAGAACAAGGAUUUAUUGAAGAAGCUACGCGUCUAUACCUCAAAGCUCUGGAAGUAUUUCCAGAAUUUGCAGCAGCUCAUAGUAAUUUGGCUUCAGUUCUUCAACAGCAAGGAAAACUUAAUGAAGCACUCAUGCAUUAUAAAGAAGCAAUUAGAAUACAACCAACAUUUGCGGAUGCUUAUUCGAACAUGGGUAACACUCUUAAAGAAAUGCAAGAUGUACAAGGAGCUCUGCAAUGUUAUACCAGAGCUAUUCAAAUCAAUCCAGCUUUCGCCGAUGCUCAUUCCAACUUAGCAUCUAUUCAUAAAGAUUCCGGCAAUAUACCUGAAGCUAUACAAAGUUAUAGGACUGCAUUGAAACUAAAACCUGACUUUCCAGAUGCUUACUGUAAUUUGGCACAUUGUCUUCAAAUAGUAUGUGACUGGACAGACUAUGAAGCCAGAAUGAAAAAAUUGGUUUCGAUAGUCGCUGAACAACUAGAUAAAAAUAGAUUACCUAGUGUACACCCGCAUCAUUCAAUGCUAUAUCCUUUAUCACAUGAAUUUAGGAAAGCUAUCGCUGCGAGACAUGCUAAUUUAUGCAUUGAAAAAAUUAUGGUUUUGCACAAACUCCCAUACCAAUACCCAAGAGAAGUAAACCCUCGUCUUAGAAUUGGUUAUGUAUCAUCUGAUUAUGGCAAUCAUCCCACAUCACAUUUGAUGCAAUCGAUCCCAGGUUUACACGAUCGAAAUGCAGUCGAAGUAUUUUGUUAUGCUCUUAGCGCCGACGACGGUACCGCUUUCCGCAGCAAAAUAGCUCGUGAAGCCGAACAUUUCAUAGAUCUUUCUCAGUUGCCAUGUAAUGGGAAAGCCGCUGAUCGUAUUAAUGCGGAUGGCAUUCACAUUCUAGUAAAUAUGAAUGGAUACACUAAGGGAGCUAGAAAUGAAAUCUUCGCUCUAAAACCUGCUCCAAUUCAAGUAAUGUGGCUUGGAUACCCUGGUACAUCUGGAGCAAGCUUCAUGGAUUAUCUAAUUACAGACGAAGUAACAUCGCCAAUUGAACUUGCCAGUCAGUACAGCGAAAAAUUAGCUUAUAUGCCACAUACAUAUUUCAUUGGAGAUCACAGACAAAUGUUCCCACAUCUUAAAGAACGCUUAAUACUUACGGACAAAGGAAAAGGCAGUAAGCUAGCGGACAAUGUAGCUGUCAUUAACGCAACAGAUCUUUCACCAAUGAUUGAGAAUACUUUAAUUAAAGAGAUUAAAGAAGUAAUUGUACCCGAAGGUGCUAACAAAAUAAAACCGUUAGAGAUAUCUAUGAAAGUAGCAGAAUUACCUACGACUACGCCCAUAGAAACAAUGAUUGCAUCUGGACAGUGCCAAAUGUCUGUUAACGGCGUUGUUGUACAGAAUGGAAUGGCCACAACACAAGUCAAUAAUAAAACAGCUACUGGCGAAGAAGUGCCACAAAAUAUUGUUAUAACAACGAGGCAACAAUACGGAUUGCCAGAAGAUGCUGUUGUUUAUUGCAACUUUAAUCAGCUUUAUAAAAUUGAUCCAAUUACCUUACUCAUGUGGGCUCAUAUCCUCAAGAACGUUCCGAACAGUGUACUAUGGCUGCUGCGUUUCCCAGCAGUUGGUGAACCAAAUCUUCAAGCGACAGCUCAACAAUUGGGCUUAGCACCUGGACGUAUACUUUUCAGUAAUGUCGCUGCUAAAGAGGAACACGUAAGAAGAGGUCAAUUAGCGGAUGUAUGCCUUGAUACCCCUCUUUGCAAUGGACACACUACGAGUAUGGAUGUACUAUGGACUGGUACCCCAGUUGUUACUUUGCCAGGAGAAACUCUCGCAUCGAGAGUUGCUGCAAGUCAACUUAAUACAUUAGGUUGUUCAGAAUUAGUUGCUAGAACUAGACAAGAAUAUCAAGAUAUAGCUAUUAGACUCGGCACCGAUAAAGAAUUCUUGAAAGCCAUUCGGGCUAAGGUGUGGAAAGCCCGCUCUGACAGUCCACUUUUCAACUGCAAAAUGUAUGCGACAGGCAUGGAAAUGUUGUACAGAAAAAUGUGGGAGCGAUAUGCGCGAGGAGAAUCUCCUGAUCACAUUGCCGCUAUUGACAAAGCUGGUGGUCACAAUAAUGCGCAUACCUCAUAAUCUAUGUCAGAUAUAGUUUUUCAAUACCAGUAAAAUGAGUUUUGUGGGCUCAUAUGGUCUUCCUUCACUCACUAUCUCUAUCUGUCUAGUAUUUUUUUUCUUAUCUUUUUUUCCUUAACUAUCAUGUAUGUAUAUUUUAUGUAUGAAAUGCAUCUAUCCAUAUAAUCACGUUAAAAAAAGAAGGAAGAUAAGUCUCUAAUUACUAUUUAAAUUAGUUCAUAAUUAGGAUAUUUUCUUGAAAGUAACUAUGCGAAAUUUUGAAUUACGUAGAUAAAUUUUGCAUCUGUUGUCAUAUUGCAAAUAAAGCACUAGUGUUAUAAAGCCAAUUAUAUCGACAAUCGACAGUUACAUGUCUUUUAAGAGAAUGAUAUUGCUAUUUUUAGAAUGACCAUGAACAUGCUAUCAAUUUUCAUGCUUUGAUGAUUUUUUGAAGGAAAGACUGAGUCUAAACUUCUGCUAAACUAAUGUUUUCAUUAUUAUUCAUGUAUGUACACAAUCACAAUGUGAUGAUUUUGAUCUAACUAAAAGUUUCUAUGACUUAUUGAAAACUUAAGUUUUCUUGUAUGGUUGAGAUUUUCCAGCAGAGAUGCUGAUUUAUAAUUCUAAAUAGUUAUUGCUUUUUUGAAACGCAAAGAAUGCAUCAAUUCCAAUGGGUGCAAUUUCGUAAAAUUGCUUUUUAGCGCGAGAGCACGAGUUGUUUAAGUUAAAACCCCCAUAAUUGUAUAAAUAGUACUAAACGUUCAGAAUUACCCUUGUACAUAUAACUGAUUAAAUAUAAUUCUUAGUAGAACCUACAUUAAUUUUGUUUAUAUUUAUUAGUUAACUAAGAUGAAUUGAGAAUGUAAGAAGAAUUACAUCUUGAUUGUACAAUGAGUAUUUAAAAUUAAAAAAUAAAGAUAUAUGGUAAAAAAACAA